AUGGCUUCUGCUAAUGCUCAUUGCUGCAUCAAUCUUCUUCCUCUAGCCCUCGUCAUAUUCAUCCUCUUCAAUGCCGUCCAUCCUUGCUUGAGUUUCAACCAGCCAACCCGACAGAGAAUCGACAAAGUCUACCACCAAAUGGAGGAGUACGGAUUCUGCGACCAGACCUUCACCCAAAACAUAAAAACUCCAUCAGCGGACUUUGCUCGGUUGACCCAAGUAGCCCUAGACCAGACCACACAGAAUGCAGCAAGCACACAUGCUUUUAUACUCCAGCUUCUUUCAAAGAUAACAGACAAGCCGCCCAAGAACGCUCUGACUGCCUGCGAGAGCGCCUACUGUGUCGUCAUGCAGGCCUUUCUUCAGGAGGCGGUGGGGGAUUUUAACAGAAAAGAUUAUGACAGUAUGCUUGAAGAUGAAGGUGUAGCGCCUAGAGCUCAAGCCAGCUGUGAAAUUACUUUCAUAACCCCGCCUAGUCCGGUGGACCCGCUGAAAGAGAUCCAUAGGCAGAUGGGAAUUCUCAUUGCCAUGGCUGUGGUCACUGGCCAUGAACUUCUUGGUCACCGAAUGAUGAAGAGCACCACUUGA